UGCAUCUUAGAAUUGUUUGGAGAAAAUUAAAUAAAACUCUCUCUCUCUCUCGUCAAAGGUCGAGACUUUUCACUGCUACUGUUAGCCGCCGCAUCGGAGCCCUGUUUCCCCAAACGCUAAACCCCUAUAAAAACUUUUCCCACCGGUUUCUCCCAGAAACUCCGAGAAAAUUCAAUGGCCUCCAGGCUCAGCUGCCGUCUUGGAUCACGCCUCCUCUGGAACGCCACCCUCAUCAACUCAUCUCUUCGCCACCGCCCCCCUCUCAUUCACACCCUCGAAUCUCCGCUUUCGAUCUCUCCAAUUCUCCAUCCAAUCUCCGACGACUUCUCCUUCUCUCUCUCUGCCCUCCGCUUCCUCUCCACCGACGCCCGCCGCCCGUCCCGCCCCAAAAAAGUCGACAUCGGCGCCCGAGCCCGGCAGCUCCAGACCCGCCGUCUGUGGACCUACGCCGCCACCUUCAGCUGCAUCGCCGGCUUCAUUGUCAUCGUGCUCAACAACUUCCAAGACCAAUUAGUCUUCUACGUGACCCCCACCGACGCCCUCGAGAAAUUCUCCGAGAACCCUUCGAAGAAUAGGUUCCGAUUGGGCGGAUUGGUUCUCGAAGGGAGCGUGGCCCAUCCCGCGUCGUCUCCGGAGAUGGAGUUCGUGGUUUCGGAUUUGAUUACGGACAUUUUGGUCCGGUACCAGGGAUCGUUGCCGGACUUGUUCCGCGAGGGGCACUCGGUGGUGGUCGAGGGUUUUGUGAAGCCAAUUACCGAUGAAAUUCGGAAUUCGCAUUCGGAGACGAAGGGCGUGUCGGACAAGGCCAGGAGCGGGGAUUGCUAUUUUUCUGCGACGGAGGUGCUUGCCAAGCACGACGAGAAGUACAUGCCGCAGGAAGUGGCCGCGGCGAUCGAGAAGAACAGGAAGAAGUUAGAGGAAAGUGCAGCGGCAGCAGAGGCGCAGGACGGUGGCAGUAAGGGGUCAUAGGUUGAUGGGUAUGAUUCGAAAUUUCAUUUAUACGACAUCAUUUGAUUUCAGCGAGUAUGAUGUAUUGGAUAAGGAGGGGUUGGGGGGUUCUUGAAUAGCUCGAGAUUGUUUUGAUUAAAUAUUUAGGUAGGGGAAGAUAGUGAAUGGUUCUUUUUGUUGAGGAAGAGAUUGAUUUUGAUCACUCGAGGCUUUUGCUUUUGAAUUUUGUUGUUGUAGUGAGUGCCUCUUUGUUUUAUUCUAACCUUAUGAGUGCCAGGGAGCAAGAUUACUCUAUUUUUAUUUUUCAAUGGAUCAGUGAAUAAAUGCUAUUUGGAACUGGCUGUUGUAUUA